AUGGUGGAUAGUUACAAGGAUGACGAAAUGGAUGAAAUCCUGAAACAUCAGGCCGAACUCGAGGGUAAUAUCGCUCCCCUGAAAGGUACCUUGUUGAAGCUCCGAAAAAGGUUCGAUUUUUCUUCGACCCGCAAUGAGGCAGCAUCACAAGAUGGCGGCGCUGCCAUUCAACAACUGGCACAGCAACAGGCAGAAUUCAUCCGACUGAUCUCCAGCAGCUUCAAUACGGCGUCCAACUCAAGCAGCAGUUCAACGGUUGUUGCCCAAAAUGCUUCUCCACACACCGAUGUCAAGCUCCCUCGGAUGAAUCUGCCUACAUUUGGAGGCAACAUCCUCGAAUGGCCUUCUAUUUUUGACCUGUUCGACAGUGCGGUACACAAGAACGUGGUUCUACAGGAUAGUCAGAAGCUCUACUUCCUCAAGACCAACCUUGUCGAAGAAGCCGAUGCUCUGAUAUCGCACCUUCGUAUAGAAGACGCCAACUAUGCUCCCGCUCUAGCCAAGCUGAAGGCUAGGUACAACAAGCCGCUCGAAAUCGCUGCACAGCACAUUCAUCGGUUCUUGAAUCAACAAUCCAUGACGUCACCAUCAGCUGCUGGUUUGCGCUCCCUACAUGAUGUGUCCGAUGAAGUUAUUCGAGCACUGGAGGCCAUGAAUCAGGAAGGAAGGGAUAUAUGGUUGCUGUACAUUCUAGCCGAAAAACUGGAUCCUGAAAGUAAGCAGUUGUGGUGUCAAAAAAGGUCGGAGCUCAAAGACGAACAAGUUACCUUGGAGAGGCUCCUGAAGUUUAUCGAUGCCCAAAGCUGCGCACUGAAAUCUGUUCAGCCGAUUCAUCAGAAGAAACCGAUGUUCAUCACGCCUUUUCCAAGCAAACAUUCUACCAGGGGACCAACAGCUCUCGUCACCACCGGGCACUUCUCUCCUCCACUAAUGUGCGUUUUUUUGUGCAAAAUCACCGCAUCAACUGUAUCAGCGUGGCAGAACCGCUGUGAGAACUGCCUGAAGCAACAUUCCGGUGAACCUUGCCAGUCCGGCAAUUGUCGGAAAUGUAAUCUUCCACACCACACUCGUCUGCACGAAGCACUCCAAUCGACUGCCGCUUCAACGACAGGCAACAGUACAGCGGCCACAACCAAUAUCUAUGGUUCGUCUUCGAUGCCGCAAACAUUGAUUGCACCGCUCUGUCGAGCAACCGAUUUCAUGGACACCAACGUUCUACUCCUGACUGCUACCAUCAACGUCUUAGACAAGUUUGGACGUCCACAUGCUUGUCGAGCAGUCCUUGAUUGCGCGUCUCACACAAGCUACAUCACUGAGGAUUUGUGUUCGGUUCAGUUGGCUGAUCCCCAAUUUCACCAUCCCGGAAAGGUCAGCAUCCUUCUCGGGAACAAACUCUUCUUCCAGCUGCUCGAGCCUGGAAGAAUCAACCUUGGUUUGGACGACUGGCUUCCCGUACUCCAGAAUACUAAAUUAGGAUGGGUGGUUUCUGGUGACUUCAAAGACUGCGACAAUCAACCACACACUAACGCUCCUUCAUGCUUACUGACGGCUCCCAAUGAUCCUUUCUCCGAUCAGCUCCGCAAGUUCUGGGAACUGGAGGAAUACACUCAACGAUGA